UACGAGGAAUCACGAAGGCACCAGAAGGGGCAGGAACUUUGCAUAAGUGUCCACCAUUCUUCAGGUUUGGCUAGCGUGAAUGGGAGGAACGUACUCAAACUUGUUAUCAGCAUUGUGUUCGUUAUUCAGUCCCGAGCAAGCGGUACGAUGACCGGUAGCUGGUGGAGCAGCGCGGCGGUGACCCACGGGCUGGUGGCUCUGUUCGCAAUGGGCUCCUGGAUAUCCGUCAACAGUCUGUGGGUAGAGCUCCCGGUGCUGGUCUAUGUGCUGAAGGAAGAGUGGACACUGCCAGCCUACAUCACCGUGCUGAUAGCAUUUGGGAACAUCGGCCCGAUAGCAGUGACCAUCACACACCACUGUGCUCCGGGGCGUUUAAACGAGCGCCUGGUCAUCCACUGCAUCCAGGCGCUGGCGGUCGUGGCGUCCGCCCUGCUCGCCGUCUUCUGGUCACACACUGUCCUAAUAGCCGGAAGCGAUAGGUCACUGCCGUUCCUGCUCCUCACCUUUGUGUUGUCUUUGGUCUGCUGUACCUCCAACGUCACCUUCCUGCCCUUCAUGUUUAGUUACCCCCCCCAGUAUAUUCGCACCUUCUUCAUUGGUCAGGGCUUCAGCGCCUUGUUCCCUUGCAUUGUGGCUUUAGGGCAAGGCGUUGGCAAGCUGGAGUGCCAAACCGUGAAUGGCACGGUUAAGUCAGAGCGUUUGAAGGAGAACUUUCCGGCUCCGAACUUCUUCUGGUUCUUGUGCGUCAUGCUGUCGAUCUCGGCUGUGAGCUUCCAGGCUUUGAUGCAGAGACGGACAGGGACACAGGAAAGCGCACCGCAGCAGGAGGCCGCAAGUCCGUCAGCGGAGGCAAAAGAUGGGGAGGAAACUCACCCGCUGCAAAACGGAGGGACGCCGGUGUCCGAGGAUCAGGUGGAGGAACAGCCGCGGACGUUUUGGACGCGGCGGAACGUGUACCUGCUGCUGCUGCUCGCCGUCUCCAACGCCCUCACCAACGGGGUCCUGCCCUCCGUGCAGAGUUUCUCCUGUUUGCCCUAUGGACCCAUGACCUUUCACCUCACCGUGGUCCUCGGCAACAUUGCAAACCCUCUGGCCUGCUUCCUAGCCAUGUUUGUUGUCUUGAGGUCGUCUUCUGGUCUGGGCCUCUUGUCUGUAGCAGGAGGUGUAUUUGCUGCAUAUCUCAUGGCGUUAGCAGCACUCAGCCCCUGCCCUCCACUUUUGGGAACCUCUGUUGGCAUGGCCUUAGUGGUCAUCUCAGGAAUUGUUUUCACCGGACUCUACUCCUAUCUGAAGGUGGUGAUUGGAACUCUGCUGCACGAGGUGGGUCACGCCGCCCUGCUGUGGGCCGGCAUCUCCAUCCAGGCCGGCUCGUUGAUCGGGGCCCUCACCAUGUUCCCCUUGGUCAACGUCUAUUCUGUGUUCGAGAGAUCUCAAGAUUGUGUAAAUAACUGCACUAUUGGGAGUUAGAUAUGGAACGUUCUUCUGAAUUCUGUUUUUACUUUUUUUAUAUUGACACCGUUCCCAUUCAGUCAAAACGGGAAUAGACUUUAACCCGGUUUUUGGAGUGAAGAACCAGGUUGUCUCCUUAUUCAGAGCCUGUGGAAACAUUCCCAGAUAAUGGAAGCAUUGUUUUGCUGCACAUUGGCCGAGGGGAUGUAAAAUCCAUAUGACGUAGUAAUACCACAAGUGCUUUGUUUGGUAUUUUGAAUCUCUGUCGAAAAGAAUAUCACAAGAACAUAUGAACUCAGGGACUCGAUCAUUGUUAAUUUUUAAUAAUGACUUGCAGUAUAAGUUCCAAAUUCAUGACAAGCCUUUCACAGUAACUCAAUUAUUUAGUCCUAGAAAUUUAACAUUAAUGAUAUGUUAAUUUUAAGUCAACUUACGACAAAUCUAAAUAAUUAGAACUAUAAAAAGGUACAAUGUGUCUGUGCAAAGCUUAGAUUUUGUAAUGGGAGGGAAAACCUGCUUAAAGUUAUAACUGGUAGAUUUCCUACAGUGAGUUUUCAAAUGUUGUCUACCUCUUUGAUUCAUGUAUAUUUUGUUUCAUCACAGUCAAGUAUACAUUUCAGUUGAGUCAGCAAAUAUGAAAAGGGUAAAAUUUCUACUUAAAACAGAGUCCAUUGAUGAAGUGACUUGAUUUUAUGCCCAAAUAAUUUCUGUGCUUGGAAAAAUGUUGAACUUUACAAAACACAUUUCAGUUUACUUCAGAAUUGUAUAUACUUGGGACAAGUAGUUUAUUUUCUAUUCAUUUUGUAUUUAUUCCAAAUACAGUAAUGGUAUUUAUCAGAAAGCACACUAGCAAGGUAAUGGUUAACAGUUUUGGUAUCCAAAAGGAUCGUGCCAUCUUUGAAAUUAAAUACCAUUGUAUAUCUUAUGUACUUCUACCUUGUACAGUCAUGUAUUAAACGUGCUGCUACAGUACGUUAGAUUUGAUCGCUUCAAGUUCAUUGUUUUUUAUUGCUUGUCAUGUUCCUGUUUUGCAAUUAUAUUCUUUCGUUUCUGAAAUGACUGGUACACAAUAAAGCUACUGAUCUGAA